UGACCAGCUUGAAGAAAGGCUCCGUAGACCUACCGGUAAAGGUUGUGCCAUGGAUCCCGCAGAGCAGGUUUGCAUUGCUCUACGUUAUUAUGCCACUGGGGCAUUUUUCGAUGUGGUAGGGGACACCAUGGGGCGCGACAAGGCGACAGUUUGUCGCGUGGUAAAACAUGUAACAGAAGGUCUUGUAGAGAUGAAAGAUCGCUUUAUACGUUGGCCGACUAGAAUGGACACCCGUCGCAACAUUAUGGCAGGGUUUGCGGAUGUAGCUGGGAUUCCAAAUGUGAUUGGUGCCAUUGAUGGAUCACAUGUUGAAAUUACGAAGCCAGGCCCAACAGAAGAAAGGCCGUUCAUUAACAGGAAGGGAAGGGCAUCCAUAAAUGUAAUGGCAGUUUGUGAUAAUAAAGGAAGAUUUACUUUCAUAAACGCAGAAUGGCCGGGCUCUGCGCAUGACAGUUUUGUUUUUCGAGCGUCUUCGCUACAGGACUUUCUGGAGGAAAAUAUUCAUACACUUGAAGAUGGUGUUCUACUUGCUGACAGCGGAUAUGCUUGUUCGCGUUACAUGUUGACGCCGUACAGAGUCUCUGAUACACCGGUGAAAACCAGAUUCAACAGAGCCCACUGCCGUUCGAGGGUUGUUAUAGAAAGAACAUUUGGUAGAUGGAAGAGAAGAUUCUCCGUCAUGUGCAAGAAGGUAAGGAAGACACCCGCUCAAGCAUGUAGAGAGAUUGUCGCUUGCGCAGUAUUGCAUAACAUUGCCAUGUUGUUUGGUGAACCUGACGUUGAUGACGGCGAUGUGGAUGAACUUCCACUUAUACCCUAUGUUGGUGGUGAAAAUGGAUUUGCCAUCCGUGACCAUAUUGCGCAGGCCUAUUUUGGAUAGGAACAUUUCCUAUUGGAAGGAAGCAUGCAGCUGGUGCUAUGUUGUUGUUUUGAUGUAACAAAGUAAAGUUUAUGUUACGUGUU